GUUGAUGUUUCAGAAAUACAAAGUCAAAAGUGAUACGAAAGUUUAAAUACGCGUAGAGAAUAAGAAAUAGGUGGUGGUUAAGAGAUGGGCAGUAAUUCAAGUUGCAACGCUACUAGUUAAAAAGUCAUGGAGAAAGAAACUCAUAAAGUUGUUCAGUUUUUUGAGCUAUGUAGGCUUUGCUUAGAGAAUCAUGGUAUGACUGAUAUUUUUGAACUGGAAUACCUUGUUGGAGAUAUACAGCUGUGUACUGGUGUUAAGAUCGAAAGCUCAGAUAACUUACCUCACAAGAUAUGUAUGAGAUGUUUAGAUGUCGUCGUGAAAGCGAGGAGGUUAAGAGAUCAGGCAGCGACAAACGACAAACACUUGAAGUUACUUUUUGGAAAUGAAGAAACUGAAAAAGAUAACAAUGUGUAUAACAAUAAUAUUCAAAAUGGCAGAAAUUGUGAUGAUAAUGAUUUAAGUGACAGUAGUUAUGAUUCAGAUAGUCCUAGGUUACAAAUUGAUGAAGGUGAAUGUAAUACAAACAGUAAAUCAGGCAAAAGAUGUUCAUCGGAAGCGUCUAACAAUGACAAAACUGAGAGUAAAGUUAUAUCAGUAAGAACAGACUUGUUUGAUGCUACAGCCAUUAAGACUUCACCAACUAAAGAUGAAAAACCAUUGGAAAAAAAGGCAAAAGUUAAAUGUAAAUGUAUCAAAAAGGAGAAGGACUCAAAAAAAUAUGAGUGUCAGGAAUGUGGGAAAACCUUCGACGUAUACAAAAAGUUCUAUUUACAUCAAAGAUCUCACGAUAGAAAAAAUAUAUGUCCGCUCGAUGGCUGUGAAAAGAAAUUUGCUACGAAGGGAGAUCUAGAGAAACACAUACGAACACAUACGGGGGAGCGUCCCUACCAGUGCGAGGUGUGUGGCAGGAAGUUUACGCAAAGAGGUUCACUCAAAGGGCACAGAGAGACUGUACAUGCUUCUCUGUCACAAGAAGUUAUUGUUAACUAACCAUUACUUUUUAAAACAUUAAUUUUGUAAACUAAUUUGUCGUGAGUCAGAAUCGCAUCAUAAUGCGAACUGUACUCACUAUACCGAGGGUUUCGUAGAAAUAAGCCAAGGCAUACAAUAUAAUUGGUCGCCUAUCAAGUUUAUGACCGUGCCAACUUUUGCGUAACCUCGACUUUUAAUCUGAAAAUUCCAUCUAACCGGUUAUCUCGAUUACUUUUGACAAGCGGAGAGAACCCUUUUGAGUUGAUUAUUGUAUUUUUUUACCAAAAACCGUUGAUCAUUGAUUGGUUGGUAAUAAAUAGCAAUAAGUGCCCAACAUACAUAGGUAUAACUUGUUAGCUGUUGGUAUCCGUUUUGAUUGACGACUGGCGGCUAAAACUGUAACACAUGAAUAGGGCAAACAAUUUAUAUUAGUUAAGUAUUUAGUUUAUUAAUGUGUAUAUUAUGAAGUUUUUAAUUACCUAGUAUACAAGUUACUGUUAUUUCGUGUAUUUUAAUGCACCUAGUCUGUCAGUAAUGUUUUACAUAUUUAGUUACGAGCUUCUGACGUUGCCCAACUUUAUAUAUUGCACACCAUUACCCAGUAAAAUUGCCAGGGAACAUGGUGAAUAGUAAUGCCAUAAUGGCGAAAAGUUGACGAACAAGCUAGCUUUCAAAGUCUAUGUGACUCCAUUUUCUUUCAAACAAUUUAACAGUACUUAAUUAGUCAUAUGUUUUAUAUCAUUAAUUCUAUGACUUAAAAAUAUUGUAUUUUUUAAAUAUUAAAUCUAGUUUACCAACUUUAAUUGUUGAAGAAAUGUAAGGCAUAAUAAUGAGGUUAAAAAUAUUUAUUUUAUUUUAAAUCGUUUUUUACUGCUGCUAAACUGUAUUUAGCCGACCCCAGUCAAGCAUGAAAAAUCUAGGCAGAGAAAACUGAUGAACAAAAGUAUCUGAAAAUCCAGUUGGGAUGAGAUCAUUAUCCAUAUUCUUCCGUUACUAUCCUGUUUACCUUACAUAAGAUUUAAACAAUGAAUUUAGUACUUACUAGUAAUAAAGCAGCAUAUUUUUCUUAUUUUAAAAUAAAAUAAACUUUUACAA